AUGUCAGAUGACGAAGAUGGCCCAACUUUUACCAAACGCCAGAAGGUCCUUCACUUUGGGAGCCUGGAAGAUGCCGAGAAACAGCGACUGGGAGCAGACAGGACUAGUAUUGCAGCAGUCAAGCUUUCCAUUGAGGCUGGCAAGGAAGCUGGGCAUAUAAACAUCUCAGAUGGAGGUCACUUUGAUCUUGAAGCCAGCGAGUCUGCAAUGCAUGCAGAAGCUUUGGCUGAAUUUGAGAAACGAAAACGGGCAAGAACAAUCCAAGUUUCCACAGACGACUCUGAAGUCAAGGCCAAUCUGAGACAAAUAGGAGAACCCAUUUGCUUGUUUGGUGAGGGUCCUGCAGAGAGGCGAGAACGAUUGCGGAAACUUCUUGCCGAGCUUGGCGAAACUGCAAUCAAGCAGAAAAAGGAAGAAAAGCAGAAAGAGCAGAAAAAGAAAGACGAGGACAAUGUUACCUGGUACCACGAAGGUCCACAGUCUUUGAAGAAUGCCAGGUACUGGAUUGCUGAGUACUCCAUUCCCAGAGCAAAAGAAAGAGUUAAAAAACAGAAGGAGGAGAAGCUAGUUCCUGUCACGAAGAAAAAUGCUAAAAUACAAAAUUUGCAGAAACGUAUCAGGUCAAUCACAAAUGACUGCAGUCAGAUCGGAGAUAGCCGGCCGAUAUCAUAUUGUUCCUUCAGUCCUAACUCCAAAAUAUUGGCAACAGCAUCUUGGUCCGGAUUGUGCAAGCUGUGGUCGAUACCGGAUUGCAGCCAUAUACGUAAUCUGAGAGGUCACAACUGCAACGUUGGAGCUAUAGUGUUCCACCCACAAGCCACCUUGACCUUAGACAACAGCCUGUGCUGCAUGGCGUCAUGUAGCCAGGAUGGCACCGUCAAAUUGUGGAAUUUGGAGAGCGAGGAGCCUAUUGCAGAUAUUGAAGGUCAUGCUCCUUAUAGAGUAUCUCGAGUCAAAUACCAUCCGUCUGGAAGAUUCUUGGCCACUUGCUGCUUCGACCACUCCUGGCGUCUGUGGGAUCUAGAAGUACAGGAAGAAGUUCUUCAUCAGGAGGGACACAGCGGUCCAGUCUUUGACAUCGCCUUCCAGUCAGAUGGUGCUCUGUGUGUUACCGGAGGACUAGAUGCCUACGGCAGGGUGUGGGAUCUGAGAUCUGGAAGAUGUGUCAUGUUCUUGGAAGGACACCUGAAGUCUAUCCUAGCUGUUGAUUUCAGCGACGAUGGGUACCACGCAGCCACUGGCAGCGAGGACAACGGAACCAAGAUUUGGGACUUGAGACAGAGGAAAUGUGUUUACACCGUUCCGUCACACACGAACAUCGUCUCUGGGGUUAAAUUCCAGCCACACAGUGGCAACUAUUUGGUGACUGCCUCGUAUGAUGGGACUGCAAAGAUCUGGGCACAUCCCACUUGGGCACCACUCAAAACUCUGGCAGGACAUGAGAGCAGAGUUAUGGGUCUUGACAUCUCUCGUGACCUCAAGUACAUCGCCACAAGUUCCUACGAUCGUACUUUCAAGCUGUGGGUGUCAGAAUUUGGUGGUGGCCUUUGA